UUGCACUCAGGUCAUACAAAACAACUGGUCCUAUACGGAACUCGAGACGGUAGACUUGGCCUCAUUGACCUGAAGCCGAAACAAGGCGAUAUUAAGUGGGAGAUAAACACGAAAAGCACUGGAGAACUGCGUAGAAAACGCUUUCUUCUAGCGAUUACCGCCAUCACAUGUUACCACUUCACCCAUUCUGAUCAUCCUGACAUCCUGAUCGGGAAGGAUGACGGGGCUGUGGAGAUUUACGUGGUGGACAGCGAGGAUAAUUGCACAUUCGCUGGAUCCUAUUUACGUAUAAAUAGGCUGCAACGUUUCGAAGAAUUCUUUAUAAACUGCGACGAAUCAAUCACGUCUAUUGGAUGCGGUCGUAUAACCCGCGAAGAUGAGGAAGAAAUUGUGAUUUGCACUUAUACAGGUUGGCUAUUUGCGCUGGCGCAGUCGAAAGGUGCAGCUUCCGCAGUAACACCAAAAGCUGCCAGUGUCAACGUCAAAGUGCAGCAAUUAAGAAGUGAAAUCGAAGAGUUAGAGACCAAACUCAAUGAGGAGCGGACUCGCUAUGGAGAGCUCACGAAGAAAGGUGGCAACCAAGCCGCUUACAUACCUACUUUUCAGAUACACGAUUCUUUCGAGUUCUCGCCACAGCACAACGCAUAUUCCCUCACGAUCGAACUGGUCCUGCCAAUAGAUUUUAUUAUCGUGCAGGUGAGGAUAUUAGAGGGUAGGGUAGCUACGAAGAUACGGUAUAUCUCCUGCAACUUAUUUGUACCCUGGAAAGCCUUUUGUAUGAGCGAUUUCUUGCUUGAAAGAGCGAGGUGAGA